AAACAAAUUACGUGUCAUGUUUACAUUUUGAAUACUCUUAGAAUGUAUUUGAAAUUUAAUAUUAUUUAUUAUUGAUAAUCAAUAUGGUUCAAAGUGUCAGUAUGCAAUAAGUCAUUGCCAUGCAUUGUUGCUGAUUUUAUAUUAUCGUUUAUAAUGAAUGAUUAUCUCUGAUAAAAUUAAGUGUGUGUGUGAAAAUUUCUUUGAAGUAAUAAAAGAUGAAACGUGCACUUGAGGUUGAUAUUGAUAAUUAUCAUUCGGAGAAGAAUCCAAUUGUAUUUUUAGAUAUUGCUAUCGGUGAUGAGUACGUUGGACGUAUUGUUAUCGAACUUUUUAAAGAUUUAGCGCCACGUACAGUGGAAAAUUUUCGAUCUUUAUGUACUGGAGAAAAAGGAAUUGGCGUCAAUGGAAAAAAACUUUGUUAUAAAGGAUCUAUUUUUCAUAAAGUUGUAUCACAUUGUAUGAUUCAAGGAGGAGAUAUUAUAAAUUUCGAUGGCACCGGUGGUGAGAGUAUAUAUGGUCCUCAUUUUGAGGAUGAAAGUUUAAAAACACCUCAUUUAGAGGCUGGUUUAGUCAGUAUGGUGAAUGAAGGACGACCUCAUACAAAUAGUUCACAAUUUGUCAUUACAGCAAUGUCUUGUCGACAUUUGGAUGAUACAAAUGUUGUUUUUGGUAAAGUUAAAAAGGGCAUGAGUGCCGUUAGUGAAAUAAAUAAUGUACCAACAAAAAAUCAAAUACCUGAAGAGAAAGUAUCUAUCAUUAAUUGUGGAGAAUUAAAGAAAGGUGACAAUUGGGGAUUAGAGGAAAAUGAUGGUUUUCCACUUUGGCCCAAUGAUUGGGAUUAUGAAGAAAAAUUGACUUACAAAUAUCUUCAGGAGGUAAUAACUAAAAUUAAAGAUUCGGGAAAUUUUUAUUUCUCAAAUUUAAAAUAUUUAGAGGCAAAUGUAAAAUAUAAAAAAGCAUUGAGAUAUUAUGAUUGGAUGAUGAAUUUUAAAGAUUUACCAGAUGAAUUGGAUGAAUCGUUUAAAAAUCAAAAAGUUAUUUUACUAUUAAAUCUUUGUGCUGUCAAAUUAAAACAACGUAAAUUCAAGGAAACACUUUUACUCUGCAAUAAGGUUUUGGCAAUAGAUGAAACAAAUAGUAAAGCAUUGUUCAGAAGAAGUCAAGCUUAUUUAGGUUUAAAUGAAUAUCAAAUGUGUCUUUUGGAUCUUAAACAAGCAAAUCAAGAAUGUCCCAAUAAUAAAAAUAUUUUACAAGAAAUUGAAAAAGUCAAACAGGUAAUGAAUUCGUACUUAAUUUUUGAAAAGGAAACAUUCAAAAAAAUGUUUAAAUAAAACGAGGCAAUAUUUUUUUUGUUGUACAUAUUAAUUACAAAAUGAAACAAUUAUUUAAAAUCAAAAUAAAACUUUAAAUUUCAUAAGGAAAAUUAAAGAAAAACAAAUAUUCAUAAAGUUGAAAUCAAUUUAUUUACAAUGUAGUCAAAAUCUACAUUAACUACAAUCUUUGAGUUUUUUUUUUUUUUGAAAAAUGUAAUAUUACAUUUUAGAAACUAAAAAUAUUCGAUAUUGUAAACAAUUUUUUGAGGAGAGGAAUUUUUGUUAUUAUUCAGUCGUUCUCUUUUAUUUAAGAGACAAAUUUUUAUAUUUCAAGAGACAAAAAGUCAGCUUAAAUAAUUGUCUAUUUUAAAUUGAUUUAAAUUAUUAAGCUGAUGUUUAUUGUAAAAAAAAUGUCCAUGUCUUUUGUGAUAUUGUUUUCAGAUGAAAGCAAAAGAAAUUUUUUUUACACUGCAUGUAAAACUCAAGUACUAUAUAAUGUACCCGUUUUUUUGUAUGUGUGUGCAAAUAAGCACUUCUGUGAGAUGUUCUAUAUAAGUAAUCUAGAUUUUUGCAAAUAUACAUAUAUAUUUUUUUGUAAAUCGUUUACAUCGAAGACAAAAAUCUCUCUAAAAAAAAAAGUAAUACAGAUAAUAUAAGGCCUAUUAUAUUUUAAUAGGGAGGAAAAGAAAACUAAAAUAAAAGUGAACUUAAUUUGAUAAAAUUUAGAUUUUAGAAUAAUUCACUAUUAUUGUGAAAUUCGAAUAUAAUUAUUGUAAUACACAUUAAAAUAUUUUCUUCUUGAAAAUAUAAUGUAUAUCGCUUUUAAAGUUACAAAAGAUUAUUUUUUAUUAUAUAUAUAUAUGUAUACGUUAUACUAUUAUAUAUAGGAAAUAAAUUAUAUUUCAAUUAACUUGAGCUUAUCAAAAAGAUUUUCUUUUUAAACAAUUUUUAAUUUCUACAAAAAAACCAAAAAAAAAAAUUGUAUCUUACAUGUAGGUGAAAAGAAAGUAUAAAAAUAAAUAUUUUAAAUGAGAAAAAAAAAUCCAAAGUACAAAAGUUUUGAAAAUAAAUAAGUGUUCAAUAUAAAGAAAUUAAUAUUUAAAAAGAAUACUGUUUUCAGUAAUUUUCUGACAGAAUGACAUAUUAUAAUAAAGCGAGAAGCACAAUGACAGAUUAUUCUGCAGAAGCUAGUUUACGAUGAUUACAAAAAAAAAAGAAAAAAUUCUGCAGAAAUUCUUUUUUUUUGUGCAACAUGGAAUAUGGAAUGUACUUCUGCAAAUAAAUAACAUCAUUUAUAUUA